UCUUCCUUCUUCCUCGACGCUGCCUGCGAGGUGGCUGCCAUCUCCUUUGCAGCAUCAUGGCUGCCCUCCGGCCUCUGGUGAAGCCCAAGAUCGUUAAAAAGAGGGCCAAGAAGUUCAUCAGGCACCUGUCAGACCGAUAUGUCAAAAUUAAGCGAAACUGGCUGAAACCCAGAGGUAUUGACAACAGGGUGUGGAGAAGAUUCAAGGGCCAGAUCCUGAUGCCCAACAUUGGUUAUGGGAGCAACAAGAAGACCAAGCACAUGCUGCCUAGCGGCUUCUGGAAGUUUCUUGUCCACAAUGUCAAGGAGCUGGAAGUGCUGCUGAUGUGCAACAAAUCUUACUGUGCUGAGAUUGCUCACAAUGUUUCCUCUAAGAGCCUUGGGUGGGGGUCGUGUGGCAGGUGUAGCUAG